ACCGUAGAAGACGCCAGACAGAGCAGAAAGAAAGGGCGGGAGGGUUUUUCUUUCCCUUUUCUACCCAAAAUUUUCAACCCCUCCAAAGGCCUUCUCUCCUUCUCCUCUCUCCUCCAAUUAAUGGACCGUGAAGAGGCUUCCGCCGCCACCGAUAUGCCUAACCCGCCGCACGGUCCUCCUGAUUUCAUCCCCGUCGGAUCCCCCGAGGACACCUUUCCGGAGAUUGUAUCUCCGCCGUCCGAUGAGGACCACGACCACGACCACGACCACGACCAUGGUCAAGAUCACGACCAUGGUCAAGAUCACGACCAUGGUCAGGAUCAGGAGAACUCGACCUCCGGGGCUGGCGUCCUCACUGAUGAUCUAAAAAACAAGAUCAUUAAGCAGGUGGAAUAUUAUUUUAGUGAUGAGAAUCUGCCAACUGACAAGUAUCUGAUGAAUCUGAUUAAGAAGAAUAAAGAGGGUUUUGUUCCUAUCCCAAUUAUUGCUUCUUUUAGGAAGAUGAAAAAGCUCACCAAGGACUAUUUACUAAUUGUUGCUGCGCUCAAAGAGUCUUCCCUUAUAGUUGUGAGUCCUGACGGAAAGAAGCUGAAGCGCAGCAACCCUCUUCCAGUGACUGAGGUCAGGGAUCCAAAGUUAUUCACUGUUUUGGUAGAAAAUCUACCAGAAGAUCGUUCGGUGGGGAACCUUCAGAGAAUAUUUGGUGCAGUUGGAAACAUAAAGAAUAUUGGCAUUCAUAAUCCACAUGCUAUGGAAGAGUCAAAAAAAGGUGCCAAGACAGAGAUCUGGAUCAGUAGUAAGUUACAUGCUCUGGUGGAGUAUGAGACUGUGGAGGCUGCUGAAAAAGCUGCGGCCACUCUUAAUGAUGAACAGGACUGGAGAAAUGGCAUGCGGGUUAAGCUUCUUAAGCGAAUGGGCAAGUAUGGGCAGAGAAGGCAAGCUUGGAGGGGAUCUGAUCCUGAGAAGAAUGGAAAUGGCCAAUCAUCUGAUCAUGUAGGAGAUGAGGAGAAUAAUGGCAUAAGUGAGCAUCAUGAUGAUAUUCCUGAUGAGGAGGAUGGUGACCACAUUCCCAAGGAUAAAAAUGGGCAUCGAGGUAAAAACAGAGGACGAGGAAGGAGACAGAAACAUGGUACUACCAGUGGGCAUGGCCAUGGAACUUCAUCAUCUGUUCGAGGCAUUGAACCCUCGAAACCACCUCCAGGUCCCAGAAUGCCUGAUGGAACCCGGGGAUUUACAAUGGGACGUGGCCGACCUCUUGUUUCCAAUUAAAGUCAAUACCGAAUAUCAACGUCGUGUAAUCUUAUUCUAUGUGCUGUUUCUCCUACAAUGUACAGACGGGAAUUGGAGGGGGCGUAGGAAGUAGUAACACGCCCCUUGUCCUCCAUGAAAUUGUUUUCUCCUUGGCAUGAUGUGUUGGUGUGUUUUUUUCUUUUUCUUUUUGUGUCUAUAAACUGGCAUUAAGCAAAAGUAAUGCCACCACAUUCGUUUGAAUGUCUAUACAAAUUAAAUUUGGUGUAGAAAA